UCAUGCCAGUCGCGAUUUGACAUCAAACGUAGUAAACGGUGAAGUGGUGGAGUUUAUGUGAUUUUUGUUUUAAUUUGUUGUGCUCGUUCAAAUGGAAGCUACGGGGGACGUCAACAAUUGAAAAAAUGUAAACAAAAAAAAUUAUCGUUUUGGAAUUGAAAAACCUUCCACCUUAUACCCAUUGUAAGGCAAUAAACUGAGAAAAGCCGCUUUGGAUUCAUUAAAAUAAAAUAAAAAUCGUCACAAAUGAUGCUAGAGCUAUAAUUUUAGGAAAAUACAAAUCAAAUUUUAGCGCUGUCCCUCCGUCUCACUACCCACCUGUAAAUUUGGCCCAAUAGUUUGCAGUGUAUCUAUGCUGAUUGGCGUUUCCUAAAGCCCCAUUUCAAAAUAACUUCCCAAUACUCGAGGUGAGCGGAAGCUAGUAAUUCCUACAAAACCUGGAAGAAAUACACAAAAUUGGAAGCAAUUUUUACCUACCGACUAUAUGAAGAAGAUCAGUUGAAACACAAUUCAACAUGGAUUGUCUACUGUGUUUGGAAACGAAACGGGAAAACGAAUCAAAUUCUAUUAUAGUUGGUUCAAGCCAAUGGGAAGAAUUGAAUACCAAGAACCUAAUCGAUAAACAUCUCUGGCCCAUAGAUUGUCCUUUACCGGCGUCAUGUGUUUGCGGUACAUGCUGGAAGGAACUCUAUGAUUUCCACAAAUUCUACAUACGCAUAGAACAAACACAUUAUGACAACAGAAUAGUAAUAAAAUUUGAAACUGAUCCUCUACCAGAUGAGACGAAGCCGAAAGAUGUAUUAAUGAAAGGUCUGCAAGAGCCAGAAAUUGUUAUUGGCCAAAAUUUAGAUGAGCCCAUUAAAAUUAAACAGGAAUAUGAUGAACCCAUUGCAGACAUGUUAGAAAGCAAUGAUGAUAGUGAAGAUGUGGAAAUCAAAAAUGAUAUAUCAGAAAAUUCUUGCAGUAUUUUUAAAAAUGAACAAGAUCCUAUGGAAUUUACUGAUAAUAACAGUGAUUCCAAUUUAAGCGAUUAUAAUGAUGAAGAAGAUGACCGGACAGAUAGCGAUGAUGAUUUACCAUUGAUACAAAAAAUUAAAAAUCAACAAAGCAAAAAACGAUCGAGGAAAAGCAAUAAAACGAAAAAUAUUAACAACGAUGAUUAUGAAGAUAAUGAGGACAAUGACAAAAAGCGAAAGAAAAUAGCAUCUAGUUCCUCCCCACAGAGCACCUUACGUGCCAAUCUUUCGACAAAUAAAAAAACUUCCACACUUCCAAAAAUGAAUUGUGCAGAAUAUGAUAAAUUCCUAGAGGAACACUUUAAGAUAACAUGUGACAAAUGUCAGAAAACAUUUGAACGUUUUCGUUUGCUUUGCCAACAUUUUAGCCAGGAGCACAACGAACAGGGUUAUGUUAUGUGUUGUGACACGAAAUUCUUUAAUCGCCAUCUUUUGGUAGAUCACAUCAAUUAUCACCUUGAUCCGGAAUAUUUUAAGUGCAAUCUGUGUGGGAAAGUUCUAACCAAACGCAUAUUCCUCAUUAGUCAUAUGAAAAUGCAUAAAGAGAAGAAAUUUGCUUGUGAUGAAUGCGAUAGGAAAUUCGUGUUAAAAUAUAUGCUGGACAAACAUAAGUUAACACAUCUACCGGAGUCGGAGAAGAAGUUCCCCUGCAAUGAUUGUGGUAAAUUUUAUGCCAACGAAUAUAUGCUUAAUCAACAUCAAAAAGCCGUUCAUCUCAAUGUAUAUGCUAAAGUGUGUGAAAUAUGUGGUGAAACAUUGCCUGAUUCGCAAUACUUUAAAAGGCACAUGGAAAAGCACGAUGGCAUAGUACAGGUUAAAACAGCUACGUGUGAUAUAUGUGGUCUAAUACUUACCAACCAUCAAACGUUAAAGCUGCACAAAGAAGAAAAACAUCCGCCGGAGAAGCGUGAAUAUAACUGCCAUAUCUGUUCUAAAGUUUCGCCUAAUCUGCGUGCACUCAAGAAACACAUACAUGAAACCCAUGAAAUGGGUUAUCGUUUCAAGUGUACAAUUUGUGAAAAGGAAUUCAAAAGAUCUGAUAAUUUUAAGUCCCAUAUGGCAAUGCAUACUGGAAAGCCUCUGCAUCGAUGUCCCUGGUGUCCCAAAGAGUUCAAUUCUAAUGGUAAUAUGCAUCAACAUCGUAAAAAAGCUCAUCCUGUUGAAUGGGAGGAGGCGCAACGCAAAAAGUAUUCUGGAAAUUUACCGCCUAAUUAUAGAAGACCAACAACAACCUCCGUCGAUAGCCAGUAAUAGUAAUUCUUCCAUAGAACCUUGGGUGGGAGCCCACUUCUCUGUAUAGUCCUCAUAAAGAUUCAAUGGAUAUUCGUAUUUUUAAGAGAAAUUUGUCAUAAUCUUCGAUACUGUUAUUUUGUAAGGCUUUAUUUUUCUAAGUCAAGUUUUCUUUUAACAAAAUGUAAAAACAAAUAAAUUGCAUUAAUUUAUUUCUGCUGUUAAGAUUUGCACCAAA